UUGUAGAGUGAGGACAAUCUGCUGACGGCUUGUGCAUCCUGUUCUUGUGUUAUGUGUUGUGACCAAAACGUGACCAACUUUUAUUACACGUGACCAAAAUGGAAGAGGAGAGACAGGAGGUAAAGAGGGAGAAAAAUCGUGAUAAAGAUAAGAAUCGUGAUAAAGAUAAGAAUCGUGAUAAAGAUAAGAAUCGUGAUAAAGAUAAGAAUCGUGAUAAAGAUAAGAAUCAUAAGAAUCGAGAUAGAGAUAAGCACAGUGAUAGGGUUAAGGACCGUGAAAGGCGUGUACUUAGAAGUAGGUCAAGAUCACCCUUGAGAGAACCUACAAAGAAGCGAAAGCCUUCCUUAUACUGGGACAAACCACCUCCAGGCUUUGAACACAUUACACCCAUUCAAUACAAGAAUAUGCUACUGACUGGGCAGAUCCCAGCUACUGUUACAGUACCUCUAGUUGCACAUCCAACAAGUGUAGGCCAAAGAGCACCACUCGGUCCUUCGGUUCCAGAAGUGCCUGUUGCUGGUUCUUCUAUCACAAGACAAGCACGUCGUCUGUACGUAGGAAACAUUCCCUUUGGUUUAACAGAGAAGGAGGUCAUGACGUUUUUCAAUCAACAGAUGCACAUUUCUGGUCUUGCCCAGGCUGCUGGUGAUCCAAUUCUUGCCUGCCAGAUCAAUCUAGACAAGAAUUUUGCAUUCUUGGAAUUCAGAUCAAUUGACGAAACAACUCAAGGAAUUGCUUUUGAUGGUAUUAAUUUUAGAGGACAGACUUUAAAAAUCAGACGGCCUCAUGACUAUCAACCAAUGCCAGGCAUGGCAGACCGUCCAACUAUGAUGCCUGGGAUGAUACAGAUGCCGGGUAUUCCGGGUGUGGUUUCAACGAUGGUAUCCGAUUCGCCCAAUAAGCUCUUCUUCGCAGGGCUGCCCGCCUUCUUGAAUGAUGAUCAGGUUAUGGAGCUGCUUAUGGCAUUUGGUCAGCUUCGAUCAUUUAACCUGGUCAAGGAUUCAUUUAGUGGGCUGUCCAAAGGCUAUGCCUUUUGCGAAUAUGUAGAUGUCGCCCUCACAGAUCAGGCCAUCCUUGGACUGAACGGAAUGCAGCUAGGAGACAAAAAGUUGGUGUUGCAACGGGCAAGUGUGGGCGCCAAGAAUGGUUAUGCCAUAGCUCCAGUGCAGGUCCAGGUUCCAGGCUUGGAUCUGAAAAGUGGCUCAGGGCCCGCCACGGAAGUGCUGUGCCUCAUGAAUAUGGUUAUGCUUGAUGAGCUUAAAGAUAAUGAGGAAUACGAAGAUAUCGUUGAGGACAUCCGUGAGGAAUGUAGCAAAUAUGGCAUCGUGCAAUCACUUGAGAUUCCACGGCCUGUUGAAGGGGUCCAGGUGUCAGGGAUUGGUAAGGUUUUUGUGGAGUACAGUUCAGUGGUGGAGUGCCAGAGAGCGCAGCACAACCUUACUGGACGCAAGUUUUCGAACCGCGUUGUUGUCACGUCUUACUUUGAUACGGAAAGAUAUUAUCGGCGUGAUUUCUAA